CCAGUCCUUGAGAAGUCUGUGUACCCAUGGCUGUCAGAGAACCCGGCUGGCUUUAGGACCCAGUAACGCAUCGCUCACGUCAAACCUUCUUGGCUAAUAACACAUCCGUUACUUGCAGGCCACAUUGUUGCUUCCUGCAUUCUGCAUCUGUGCUGAUAGACACAUUAAACAGUAUCGCUGAAGGUAGACAAAGCAUUUCCCUUUUUUGGUCGAGAGCCGGUUUUGAACCUGCCCACGCCGUCUCGGUGUCAAAAUUCUUACGGGGGCUGAUUUAUCUGCAAGGCCAACACAUCCGCGCAGCUGUCCCACACACAGGAAAGAAAAACACGAGGCUUAUUUUCUACCUCAUCUACUUUCCCUUUUAUCACAGCAGCUACUUCAUCUCACAGCAGGUGAAGGUCUGCUCUGAACGGCACGUGACUCUUCAGUAAGGCAGCUUUCCUUUGAAGACGGCCAUCCGGAUGCUUUUAGGUGAGCGAGGCAAAAAUAGCUCCGACAUGUCUGCAGCCAAACCCCUCUCCGCUUGCCUCUGUCAAUCACAGGCCAAAACAAGAUGGCAGGCUGCAGGAGCGGGCUCUUCUUUUUAACAGUUUGUGCUGUCAGUUUGCUUGGGGCCAAUGCAGAGAUUAAAGUUGUCAUUCCUGUGGGGAAGUUAUUUACAUAUGAGCUGAUGAGAGAGACCUUCCAGAAUGACUUUGAGCCUUUGUCGAAACUCUACGCUGGACGUUUGUACGAUGACCCCAUGAUUUUUAAGUGCAACCGGCAGAAUUUCCCAGACCUCCCAGAGUGGCUCCGCUUCACCCAGAGGCACCCCUAUGAUAAUGGCUUCCUGUACGGCACGCCAACAACUCCAGGAAAAAGCAUAAUUGAGAUCUACGCCAUCAACAAACGGAGCUAUGAAACAGCCAGACACACACUGGUAAUCAAAAUCACUGCAGGGGAUAUGCUACCCUAUCAAGCUGAGUUCUUCCUCAAGCUGCGGGAGGUUGAGAAGGUGCUGCCCCCUUCUGUUCAGGAUGAGAUAAAGCAGGAUUUGCAGAAGCUGUGGAACACUCAGGCGUUGGAAAUUGUCAAUAUUAGCAAUGCCUUGGACCGGGGCGGCAGGGUCCCCCUCCCUCUUGCCGGACACUACGAAGGCGUGUAUGUGAAGGUGGGCUCGGAGCAGUACUUCUCAGAUUGUCUCCAGAGGGUGCUGACGCCAGAGCAUCAAAAGCAGUGCACAGCAGGGGCCAAAGUCAGGGUCCCGGGAGGCUGUAACUUCUGCAGCAUCCCCAGCAACUGCAUCACCUGGUGCAAGACGGAGCUGUUUGAUCUGACGAAGGAGCAGCCGACUCCACCUCCUCCCACGGUGGGCUCGGGGAUUCUGGAGGCCGGAGGUGACUUCGAACCUCCGGAGUCUCCCCCGAGCAGAGACUUUUUCCCGGACUACAUCGUGACAGUGAUCGUGCCCCUGAUCCUCGCCGUCAUCCUGUGCCUCCUGCUGGCCUACGUCAUGUUUGGCAGACGAGAGGGAGUUGAGAAAAGGAAUGCAAGAACAAACCAAAUCCAGCUGUACCACCACCAAACCAUUCACGGGAACACCGAAGAGCUGAGGGACAUGGCCGGGAACCGCCGCUUCCCGCCGCCUCUGUCCACGCUACCCAUGUUCAACAGCCGCACCGGGGAGAGGGCCGCGUCGCUGCGCUCCGACAGCCCCACCAUCCCCUUCAUCAUGGCCCAGCAUGAUCCUUACAGUGACACUCUGCCCAGGAAGUGAGAGCGAUGAUGGAAGAGGUGCCUUUGACGCACCGAGUGUCAGUCAUGCGGUCGUUUGGUCUUUGGUAUAUUUGCAGUGGGAAAUUGAGUUUUCUUUCUUCUUCAGGUGUCUUUAAAAUAAAUGGAUAGCGUGUUCUUUGUCAAAUUACCAUUUGCUGUUUCAUCUUUCACUACAAUUAAAACAUGUCAAGAGCCACAUUCUUCAUUGUUGCGUCCAUCAACAAAGCUGUCGUACAGCAACAAUCAGGUGUCCUUAUCGAAACCUUUCCUCCUGUUCACACCUGA